AUGUCGGCGAACAUCGCUGCCAACACGGCCAACGGUCGGGCCGCUCAGCCCCUCGCACAAGCACUCCAACAGACCGGCUCCAAGGACGAGUUCGCCUAUAUCAACGAUGCACGCGUCGCCGGAUUCGAGCCACUGAUCUCGCCCUCGCUACUGCUCCACGAGAUUCCCGUCCCCAAAGAGUCGCAGGCGACCAUCGCACGUGCACGAGGCCAGUCGAGCGCCAUCAUCAACGGCCAGGACGACCGUCUCCUCGUCGUUGUCGGCCCAUGCUCCAUCCACGACGUCGACCAGGCCAAGGAAUACGCAAAGCUGCUCAAGGCGGGUAUCGACGAGCGAUGGUCCGAAGGUCUCGUCGUUGUCAUGCGCGCCUACUUUGAAAAGCCACGCACCACUGUCGGCUGGAAGGGUCUCAUCAACGACCCGGACAUCAACGGCAGCUUCCAGAUUAAUCGCGGUCUAAAGAUCGCACGAAACUUGCUCGUGGACUUGACCGCUCAGGGUGUUCCCGUCGCCUGCGAGGUGCUCGAUACCAUCUCUCCUCAGUACACUUCGGAUCUCUACUCGUGGGGUGCCAUCGGUGCUCGUACCACCGAAUCCCAGUUGCACCGUGAACUUGUCUCGGGUCUUUCCAUGCCCAUCGGCUUCAAGAACGGCACAGACGGUGGUCUCGGUGUCGCCGUAGACGCCAUCCGCGCCUCCUCCCAACCUCACGCCUUCAUGGGUGUCACAGAACAAGGUCUCGCCGCCAUCGUUCGAACCGUCGGCAACGCCGAUCUCCACAUCGUCCACCGCGGCGGCUCCAAAGGCACCAACUUCGACCCCGCUUCCGUACAGUCCUCCAAGACACAGCUCAAAGCCGCACUCCCAGAUCGUCACCCAUCCAUCAUGAUCGACUGCUCCCAUGGUAACUCGAACAAGGACUACCGCAACCAGCCCAAGGUGGUCGACUCGAUCGCAGAGCAGCUCCAAAACGGCGAAGACGCCAUCACCGGUGUCAUGAUCGAGUCGCAUCUCAACGAGGGAAAGCAGGGAGAGCCAAAGAACGGUCAGAUCGACCAGCUCAAGUACGGUGUCUCGAUCACCGACGGAUGCGUCGGUUGGGAGACCACCGUCGACAUGCUCGACAAGCUCAACGCUGCUGUGCUCAAGAGGAGACAGCUUCGUGCCCAGAACAAGGCCUGA